AUGCGUGUUAACACUGUCAUAUCCUCGAUUGCCAUGCUGACCACUGCCGUCUCCGGCCACUCUGUCAACUGCUGGGGUAAAGCCCUGCACCCUGACUUUCAUACCUUGAGGCAGGCACUUGGCGCGGUUGAAAACGGACCAGAUAGUGCAAAGGCUGACGCCAACUCGUGUACCAAGGUAUUCUGCGGGAGAGAUAUGAGCAUUCGGUACUGUAACGAGGGUGACAAGACUCGCACCAUGCCUAUGCAAAAUAUCAUGGACAGCGUCAAAGUGAUUGCUCACGACUGCAAGACUGAGUAUGACGGCGAGACUGUUGCUGGUGGUGUCGUCGACCACCCUGACCACUGGUCCGUGGUUGUGCAAACUGAGGACGAUGACUGCGGUUACUAUGGUUGGGACGAGUAUCCACUGGCUGAUCUGUAA